CAUAAUCAUAUAAGGCGAUAUUGAUCUCUCCCUUAACUUAAUCAUCUUCGCAUAAGCCUUGGAUUUAUUCCCACAGGCCAUAUCUCACUUAACUUCAUUACCAUUUGAACUACUCCUCUCCAUCGCAGAAUUCCUACCAAGUGAAAAAGACCUGGCGGCAUUUUUACAAACAAAUUAAACAACAUACGCCGUGCUCCAAAACUAUCUGUACCAAAAUAACAUCUACUUCCAUGGGACCAGCGCCCUCCUUUGGGCCGCCAAACACGGCCACGCCGGUCUAGCAACCAAGCUCCUCGAAGCUGGCGCGAGUAUCGGAGAAUUUUCGGGCCCCAUACCAGACCACAAUCCAGGUAACAUACGAGACGUGGCACCCGGAAAUCCUCUUGUACUCGCCACUGAGGGCAAUCAUAUUGAGACCCUACAGGCGCUACUUACUGAAAAGCGACCGGACCAGGCAUGAAAACCUGGUCAGCUGCGCGGGGCUCUUUGUGGAGCGUUCAAUUCUCACAGCCGUGAGGCCGUUGAAUUAUUAAUACAGCAUGGCGCACCUUUGGAUUCGGUCGAUGGGCGGUUCCCCGAGGACCAUUCUGUAUUAGGCGAAGCCAUCAUAUCGUGCUUCCUGUCUAUUAUCCCCGUUCUUCUUAAGACCGGCGCCAAGCCUGGAGACAAGGAGACGCCGACUCCCCUUGAGCGCGCUAUCAGCACUGAUCAGCCGGAAAUGGUUCAGAUUCUGGUCGAGGCUGGGUACCGCCUCGCGGAUGAUUAUAGUCUUUGUACCAUAGCCGAGCAGGGAAAUAAAGCUCCAAUGGAGAUAGUUAUCGAUCUUGGAUUAGACGUUGAGAUGUGCUGGCAAGGGGCGUUAUUCGUUGCCAUCAUACACGGCCAGCGCGAGAUGGUUGAGUUAUUGAUCGAAAAGGGUGCAAACCCACAUUUGACGCAUGAUGUAUUCACGCGGGAUUAUGAAUGUUGGCGCUACAAUACCAUCGGCUUUGCGGUGCUGUUUAAACAACUGGAAAUUCUGAGGUUGUUACUUGACAUGAGUGUCCGCCCUGAAAAAGAAGACCUCAUGUUGGCCCGUGAUGAGAGAUUCGAGGAGGCGGUGGCUCUUUUGAAGGGGUACUCGUUCGAUGACGUGCCUGAGAAGCAGCAUAUAUCUGAAUUCCUCGAUUAAAAGCUUCGUGAGAGACGUGAAACGGAUCUUGAGUUUCAGAACCUGAAGAUAAUCACACCCCUUGUGGACCCCUACUGGACACAUGGCCAAGAGAACCAUGGCUAUUGUGCGAGACUCUAUAUGCUAGGCGAGGCUCUGGAUGACGUUGUUCCAGAUACUGUCACUAUUGAAGCUGUUGCUGGGCAGAGAAGGACUAUGAGGAACCUCGGCUUCGAAUAAGCUGAAUUAUUAGAGUGAAAGUCCGCUGCGGAGUUGUGGAGAGAAUCUUACCCUGUACUUUAUUAUGGGAAAUGGCGUUAUUAAUAUGACUCGAUAAGUGUUUCUCUUGUUGUGUAUCCUUCUGUUCUAGAGGGGUCGGCUGAGCGGUUGGUCUUAAGGUAGGGAAUUCAGGUCAUUCCUGGAUAUUUGAUAUGCGUGCACACCACCGUAUUAAUACAUAUAUGAGUACAAUUGGAAUCUCUCCUUUUA